GAGAAAGUACAUUCAAAAAAUAAUAUAUACAAGUGAUAGUGUGUGCAAGAAUGUAAUAAGAAUGAAUAGACAAACUUUUCAUCGUUUAUGUUCCAGACCUGAAGCAACUAAAAUGGCAUUUUCAACAAAAAAUAUGUUAGUCGAUGAACAAGUUGCUAUGACAUUACAUAUUUUGGCACAUCACCAAAAACAGAGGGUUAUAAAUGCAAACUUUGAGCGUUCUGGGGAGACAAUAAGUAGGCACUUCCGACAAAUAAUAAAUGCUAUUAUAAGAAUUCAAGAAGAACUACUUAUGAAACCUGAAGUUGUUCCAGAUGAUUCUACUGAUGAAAGAUGGAAAUGGUUCAAGGGGUGUUUAGGUGCUCUAGAUGGCACUCAUAUCAAGGUUCGAGUGCUUGUACAAGACAAACCUAGGUACCGCACGCGUAAAAAUGAAAUUUCUACAAAUGUAUUGGGGGUAUGCUCCCAAGAUAUGCAAUUCAUCUACGUGUUACCCGGAUCGGAAGGUUCAGCAGCCGAUGGUAGAGUGUUACGAGAUGCAAUAACUCCGAGAAAUGGCUUGGUGGUUCCUCGUG